GUUUGUCGUCGGUUGGUCGUAAUGCCGAUCAAAUAAAAUUUCGGGAUAGGGCUGACGAGGAGGUCGAACCAAGCGCGGGUCCGAUUGAGGGAAGUAGGUGGGCAAUGGAGUUGGAUCCGGAUGUGGUUCAGAUGAAACCGAGCAUCGCUGAAGAAGAUAAGGGAAGGUGGAAGCGAAGUUUGAGGAGAAGAAUCUCAUCUUCUUCAUCCUCAGUUGCUCACAUCAAUAAUCUCGACGAUGGUUGUCUUAUGCACAUCUUCAGCUUCCUCUCCCCUAUUCCUGAUCGCUAUAACACCGCCCUCGUUUGCCACAGAUGGAAUUACUUGGCAUGUCAUCCUCGCCUGUGGCUUCGAGUAGAUCGAUCAGCCAAAGACUUAUCUGAACCUGGUGUUUUCCCCAGCAUUGAAACUGCUGUUUCUGCUGCUAGACCAGGUGAUACCAUUCUAGUUGCAGCUGGAGGGAGCCACCGGGUCUCUAAUAUUCAGAUAAAGAAACCGAUCUGCCUAAUUGGUGCAGGUGAACUUCCAGAUGACACAAUGCUCAUUUGUUCUCGAGGUUCAGACAGUGCAUUGGAGCUCCUUUCCACAUGCAAACUAGCGAAUCUAACGGUGAAGGCAGAGCUUGGUUGUUGCUUGCUCCAUAGAAAGGGAAGGCUGACUAUAGAUGGAUGCAUACUUCAGUGUGAAUCUGAUCCUCUGGAUUACCUCUCAUGUCCCAUUGUGAGUACAGCCAGUAGCCGUGAGGUGAUUCCCUCAUCCAUGAAGAACAAUGAUGAUGGUGUUUUUGUUUCUGAAACCCGGAUUGAGGGAGGUGCCAAAGCUGUUCUGACAAGUGGCGAUCUCGUGCUGCAACGAGUCAGGGUAAUUUAUGCUCGAACUUCUCUACUUUUCUGGUUUGAUGUACAACACACAUGAUCAGCUUUUGUACCAUCAUUUGACUUUGUUUAUUUUUGUUCUAUUAGGCAGUUAUCUGUAAUUUAUGACAUUUAGGAUUCUUUCAGUGGCCUUUGCUUUCUUUUCAAGUUAAAGUAUCUGUCAAGCAGAAGGAAUGACGCAAUGCAAGAUGUUUACUUUAGAGAAUCUUAAACGUCGCUUCUGCUGUAGUUGUAUAUAAUUUCCAUCUGCCUUUUUUUUUUUGGGACUGGACAUCUGCCAUUUUUAUUUUCAAUGGAAUUCUCGGGCAGUAAUUUUCUUCUUGUA